UAUUCAGGUUUUCAGUAGGACGGCCAAAAGGAGAGAAGUCGGAUGAUAGUGUUUGUUCUGGUCCUUAAAAUGUUGUGACUGCUAGUAUUUGAGAUAUUGGCUGUUGGCUGCUAUGAGUUAGACUUUUGUGGUCACCCUGGUCACCAAUAAGUUUUUACGAGAAACUUCGAUGAGUCAUAGUUAUUGUUUUCUAAAGACUCCGUGCUAAGGACAUUUGAUCCGUCGAUGGGGUGUGUUAAUACAGUAACGUGCAGCAAAUCAUUUGAAUUCGACCUGCUCUACUCCCUGGUUCAUGCAUGAGGAAACUGGAAUAAGAGAAUCGACUACCAAGAUCCUGUAAGGAUCUCAAUUAUAAGUGAUAAUAUUCUCCUCUUGCAGGAGCAACCUCCCAAGAACUCUUGUCUGUGGCUUACCAAUUCAUGGAUUGGGGAGGACCAUGUGCUGAGUGUUUAUCCUGCUUCUGCCAAGAAACUGAAAACUCUUCAAUAGUACCUCCAGAUAAUUUCUGCCGCCGCUCGGAGGAUACAAGGGAUGCCUCGGAGAAUUCUCGACCUAAAAUAAAUGCCCAAUGCCAGUCCCGUCAGGUCAUCUCUAACAUUCACGUCACGUUAUAUCAACAUGUCAGUAUCGUGGCUAUGGCAUAUUUUCAACAAAAGUGUCCUGAAGACUAUGAAGCAGAAGCAGUAUUUGGGCAACGUUUGCUAUCCUCGACCAAGAGCCAUCCUAUCCCUUGAAGAAUAUACGGUUUGAAGUUCACGUUGCUGGACAAAUGACAGCAUACAAUAAGAUCAUCAUAUUUAGGUGAGAUUCUCAUAGCUGUCUUGAUUCCUGUUGUUGACAUUUAAGUCAUUUCAUAGUAGAAGAAAAGUUGGUGCAAAGCAGUAGCUUUAGUCUGUGCAUCAAAUCAGCUAAUGACUGGGAAAAUAAUCACAUGUCAAUUUUUAACAGUAAACAAAAAAACAGGCAGUUGAAAUGGGAAAAGAAUUUAAUAUGUGUAAAUCUGAAAAUGCGAAACAUGA